AUGGCUGGACGCAGAUCUAUUAGUAAAUCUAUAAAGAGGACUCUUGAAGGUAAUGACAGAGUUGGCUUAAGACCUUGCAAUAGCGUGAGACUUUUGGAGGUUCAAUCUAGUGGGCUUGAAAAUAUGGGUUGUACACCAAAGGACUGUAGAAAUUAUAUUGAACAUGCCAGGAGGUUGGAAUUGCUAGCAGGUGAUGCAAAUGAUUUAUGCAAUUUCUUUUGUGACAUGCAAACAAAGGAUAAUGAAUUUUUCUGCUCUAUGGAAAUGGAUGGUGUUAAUAGGAUUAAGAGUGACGUAUGGGUUCAAUCUCACUGUAAGUAUGCAUAUGAAGAGUUCAAUGACGUUGUCUGCUUCGAUAUAACCUACCAUGUGAAUAGGUAUAACAUGCCAUUUGCUUCUUUUGUUGGUAUUAAUAAUCACGGCCGGUCUAUACUUUUGAGAUGUGAUCUCCUUACUAGUGAGGACACAAUGAAUUACAAAUUGAUUUUCAAUAAAUGGCUAAAAGCCAUGAAACUAGUUGCUCCAAAGGCUACGUUGACUGACCAAUGUGAAAGCAUUAAGGCAGGUCACAUAUUCGCUAAGCUGCCAAAUCAUCUAAAGGUGGUAGGUGGUGAAUACAAAGCAACGAAACUUGAAUUCAAGAGCAUUGUCCUUGAUAGCAUUACCAUUGAAGAGUUCGAGCAAAGAUGGGGUGAUUUUAUUGAGAAAUAUGAACUAGAAGUAAGUGAUUGGUUUAGUAAGUUGUACUCAGAAAGGAAAAAAUGGGUGCCAAUAUACCUUAAUGACAACUUUUGGGCAGGGAUGUUAUCAACGCAGAGAAGUGAGGGAAUACAUGCCUACUUUGAUGGAUUUAUCAGCCACAGAAGCACGCUGAAACAGUUUGUUCAACAGUAUAAGUUAGCAUUGAGAAAUAGGUACGAGAAAGAGUUGAAUGAUGAGCAUAAAUCUCGUUACACAAAAAUAACUUGCGAGUCUAUGUUCUCAUGGGAGGUGCAGCUCCGAGAUGCUUAUACCCACAGAAUUUUUCAAAUUUUUCAGUGGUUAAACACACUAUAUAGGGAGAACAUCUUGACUGCAAUUGCAAGUGCUUUGAAUCAAAGGGGGAUUGUUUGCUGCCAUAUACUUAAGGUGAUGGCACAUAAGAAGACUAAAUACUUGGACGAUAGGUAUUUUUUGACAAGGUGGAGAAAAGAUAUUGUCCGACACAACCUGAAAAAGUUCUUUCUUGGAGGUUACCCUAAUAUGAUGGAUGAUUACAGGAAGUCUAGGGAGUUAAUGAAGUAUUUUGACGAGGCAUGUAAUAUUGCAUUGGACAAUGACAUAAUGGUACAAUUUCUCAGUUCAAUAUUAAUGGACUUGCUUAAUGAUCUUACAAAUUUUGAUCGUAGCAUGAUACAAGACCUUAUGGAAAACACGACGACCAUCACAAUAAUUAGUGGAAAUGAUCAUAUACCAAAUGUAGUAGGAAAUAGUUGA